AUUUCCAUACAUACAUACCGAUGUUAUUUGUGAAUGUAUGUAUCUAUUUACCAAUCGAAUUACUUUCAAAGUUACUGUCGACCUGCAUAAAGUACUAGGCUUUCAGCUAAAUCACUUUGAAUUCUGGACUCAACGUGCAAUUUGCAUACCAGCUCCGUUUCCAUUAUGUCUUUUAAUCCAAAAGAAUCCAAAACGCCUUCGUCAAAUAUUCAAUUCGCAUCUCGGACCAAUACGAUUAAUGCAGCUCAUACGCUGGCGCCAUUACCUGAAAAUUAUUCUGGGGUCCCCGACCAGUUUAGUCAGUACCAACAUCAGGUGGCUGCACCUGAUCCGAUAUCAGAAAUUGCCAUUGAAAAGCUUCAGCACAUUGUAGCAGAAAAUGCUUUAAAGAGUCAGUUCCAGAUAAAACAACAACUGAGAGACCAGAAUCAGCAAUCCGCGAAAUAUGCGAAGUCGCACCAGACACAAUCCCAAUCACGUGCUCAUUCCCAUUCCCACUCGCAGUCUCAAUCUCAGGCACAGGACAGCCAGAGCCAGCUUCUGCAAAAGGUAGAUCAAAUGUCAAUGUAUCGUCAGCAUCAUCUAAUUUUGGGCAGUGCUCCCACUUUCACUCCCGCUCAACCACAAUUGCAGGCACAGUGCAGCCUGGUGGCAUCUCAAUCUCACUCUUACCCCACUAAUGGCAGCAUGCUGUCAGUAAGGAGCGAGCAGCAGCUGUGUCAGAUAUACAAUUCUCAGCAACACUCCGAUUAUAUAAUUUCCGAUUAUAUGGACAAAAUUGCAACCCGGAUUAGUUUGCUUGAAACAGAGUUGAAGUUCGCCUGGAGGGCAUUGGAUUUGCUGUCCACGGAGUAUGGAAAAAUUUGGAUUCGCUUGGAGAAGCUUGAGAACAUAUCAGUGGAACAUCAGUCCGUUGUUAGUAAUUUGAUGGGUCUAAUCAGAGCAGCAAAGCAGCAACAGCUUCAGCAGCAGGAGGACAUGGAAAGCCAAAAAACCCAAUUUCUUGCAGAUGAGCAAUUGCUCUCACUGCCACUAGAAAUGGACAAAAAUGUCAAUAUUGACAUGGAAAUGAGCGCGCCGACGUCUGAUCAGAACUAUGACAAAAUUAUCAGCUUGGAUGACCUUGGUCCUAAAACUUUGAUGGGUCAUCGGGACUCCGAUAUAUUUAUGAAUGCAGCUUGUGUAUUGGAACACAAUCCAGAUGAGCUUUUUCUUAACUACGACAGUGGAACUUUAGAUGACAACAAUGUGGAUAUCAAACGAAUGGGAAUCAAUUUCGUGAAAAGCGACAGAGCCGCAAACGUUUGGCUAUCUGAUGUUGACAUCCACCGUAAAAAGCCACGAAAAAAACUUUAUUCUGAUUCUGAUCUAAUAAUUUAUGAGCAACAGCAGACUCUGGCAAACAACGCACGUGCUGAAUUACUACAAGAAUUUCUGAACGGACAACGGGUUUUAACUGACGUUGCAUCGGCCUCAGCAUCAGCAGUUCUAUCCACGCCUAAGAGCUUUCCUAACUUACCACAAAUAGUUAAUUCGGAGCGGCCCCAAAUUCAGAACCAAAACCAUAGCCAAAGAACACAUUCAUACAGCCAAAGAGUUCACGAAGGGGAACCAAUCAGACAUCCCAGCUAUGUCUCCAAUGAAGUUGACGACCUUAUCGAGGAAGUUACGUUUUUUCGGUUGGCAGCCUCUAAAACGGGAGAAGGGGGAAACCAAGUCGUGCCUAUUGAGGACACUGGAGGAACACAGCCUCUGCUAACAAAUAAUAAUGAAAUGAACGAAACUUUUUAUAAAACACUCAAUGAAGCAUAUCGUGAUAAUGACUUGAGCUCGGAAAUUUCCAAGGUUGAUUCAUUAUUACAACAUUCAGAGGCUCACGAGCACUCAACGUCUUCCUUGAUGAUGAUCAAUAAGGGCAAGGAGGAUGAUGGCACAGGCAUCAGUAGCAUCUUUAAUGCCACAAUAAACGAAGCGUCAACUGAUUCCAGUGCUCCAGCGACCAUUCACAUUAACAGAGAUUCAAGGAAGCACAGAAAAAAAAAGAAGCACCAAAAGAAUGAAAUGGAAAUGAUAAAUAAUCUGAAAUGCAUUCUUGCGCAGUCACAAUCAGCAAGAAGUUUCCAUACCACCGUCUCGAACAAAUUCGAGAACAGCAGUGCAUUGAGAGAUUCGGGUAUGACUGAAGCAGAAACGAGUACAACUCAAAGCGAAAGCGAAAAUCGGCGAAAGGCAAAUAGCUUUGGCUACUUCUACGAGGACAACAUAUCUAUAUUAGACAGCAUAACUGAGACUCUGAUAGGGGAAAUCAAUAAAAUUUCAGAUCUGCAGUCACUAAGUGCUUCUCAAAUCGGUCAUAUACGGCAGACCAUUCGGGCAGAGGAGACUUUUUUUCAAAGACUUAACCAUGUCGACAAGAAGUUGACCCUACUGUUACUCAACCCUGUCACCUUGGCUGAGGAGAUACGACGCCUGCGCAUCACAGAUGCCGAUAAAAAGUUUAUUCUUGUUAUGAAAAAGUUUAAUAAAAAUAUUGACACACUCAAAAAACUAGUUGGCAAUUCAGUGGAAGAUGACAAGGACAAGGGCAAGGUAGAAAACAAUUCCAAGUCUAUAUCAAAGUUAAUUCCGACAUCCUCCAUUCAAGACCUCGCAGCAAAACUAAAUGUGGGCAAUAUUAGUGCACAGCUACUGCGGAACAAUUCUGACCUGGACGAACAACUUAAGCUACUGGAGACACAAGAGAUUGAAAUAAACCGCAAAAAAAAAAUUGAUAGCAUUGUACAGAAUCAUGGAGCAGAAGUGGACAAGGCCCAAACUCAUGGCCAGGCUAAUUCCCAUUCCCAUGCCCAGAUGGAUAAUACUUUUCAGCAUAACAGCAACUUGGAUCUAAGUGUUGUUCAUGGCAAAAAUGAAAAUCUGUCCAGUUCAUCGAGGAAUAUUUACAAUCAGGAUGAGUAUAUUCAGUCCUUAAAGAAAAGCCUGGAACGUCACAAUAGCAUGCUGUUCCUACUUCAUCUGCAGAAUCCAGAAAAACAUAAGGUUACAACUGAGUUUACCGAUAUAUUAAUGAUGGAUCAAAUUCGAUCAAGUCCCAGCCCUCCACCGCCAGCGCCGAACGACAAUCUGGGAAUGGAAGCCUCGGUGGCAGAAAGCUCGUCUCGUGGACAAAUUGAAGCCGAUCAACAGAAACAGGCCAAAUCUGAUUCAGGGCUGUCUUCGAUGAGCGGCUGGUCACCAAAUUCCCCGGUAACCGUUGGCAUACAGAACUGUAAUCUGUUUGCUAACAAUAUUAAUGAUAGAAGCACGGCAACUUUCCAGCUAGCAUAUCCUGUAAUAGCCUCAGGCUCAGAUUCCAAUUUUAAUAGCACUGAAGCUGAAAAUCUAAGCCCAAAACAAUGUGAUUAUACAUUUUCGGAGGAGAACCUAAACUAUAUUUACGAGCUUUCAAAAAAUAUUCCAAUUUGCUCUGCAUAUGAAAACCAAUCAAUAUUCGAUGUCAAUGAGGCUGCCAAACAAAUCGGUAAAUUUUCCACUGUUGAUGAAAUGUUAGAAUGGGACCAACAACAAAAUCUACGGGGUCAGGAGGAUGUUACAACGCAACAAUUACUUAACAAAGACCGUAUGCCGGACCUUUUAACUAACCAAACUCCGAGUACAACGCCUAAGCCAUCGCUCAGAAAGAAUCCAAGAACGCAUUCCGGAAUAAGCAGCGGACUAAAUGAGAAUGAGUCAAAGUAUUGUUUGGAAAAAAAUGAUUCUGAUCAUGUGGAAAUCAAAGAACAAUGCCGCAAACCACAUUUGACCGAUCGACUUGUGUACUAUCCAUCUUCAAACAGUAUAACCGACUAUAACAGCAGUAACAAUUUGGAAUACUUGGGACAUCAGCAGCAAAAUCAAUCACAAUAUAUGAUUAAAAAAAGAGCUACCAAUUCAAAUUUUCCCCUGAUUCCCAUGCUGCAACCUUCAUCAGUUCCAGUUUUAGAUCCAGGUUCUGCAGCUCAGAUUCACAUUAACGGUGCAAAAAGGCUUGAGUGUAUGGAAAUGUCGGUCCCAGUCCCACCUACCACCACAAAGUCACCGAAGGUAUGGAACAAAUUGAGCACUUUAUUGCCAGAAAAUCUAAAGUUAAAUCGCUCAGCUAAGUACAAUCGAUCACAGUCAUUACCCGGUGAUGUUCAAAGUCAAGGAAAUCAAAGACAAGCUCGUGGCCAGGCAGGCUCGUAUCCGUUAAUUUCGUAUAAGCGCCCUAACGGAAACGGAAGCCCCGGACAGCUAUCCAAACGUUUACAGAAGCUACCAAUGCGUCUCAUACAAAAAGCUGCGGCUCCGCACUCUGUACGACGUCUGUCAGACUCCGACUCAGCUGGAGGUGCAGCUCACGUUAGUACUGAUACUGGACCACCGAAGAAGCGCUCAUUUUCAUCUAAGAUGAACCAUUUAAUGCAAAAAGCAAAGACCUAUAAACGGAACAGCAGUGUCCUGCGCCGCGGCUCGAAUAUGUCCGAUACCGAACUAGAUCUUCCAGGCUUUACUUCAUCGGAUAACGAGGAUUGUUCUUUAUACGAGCGCCAAAUAAAUCAACAAGAUAUAUCUGCCGGCAUUGGGGCCGUUAAACGGAGAACAAAUCAAACGGGGGAAUGGCAUAAAGAUGAUGACAUUGAUAUUUGUAAACGGACUCAACACUCUGGCGCCUAUGAUGGUGGCCUCGCAAUUGAAAUUGAUUGUCCAAAUGUAUUCGCUGUAGUUGGGGACCUCAAAAAGUUACAGCUUACCCCAUCGGAUGCUGUUCUCAUUCCAUGCACGUCGUCUGAGCUUUUAGAACGUGACAAAAUGUGCAAUAGUGCUGACAUAUUUAAAAAGAUGCCUGAGAUUCUCUUGGAAACCAGUGAGAUUCCAACAUGCACGUCAGCAGAAGUAAAUGCAAAUUUCCAGUCACAGGCGAACAUUCAAAAAGUAAGCUCAGUCUUUAUUGAUGAUAAGAGCUACGACGUUUCUUCUCUCUUUAUCGAGAUGUCGAAUAACACUGAAUCCAAUGUCCCAACACCGAAAAUGUCGGGAACCCUCGCAGCUACACCUACACUAGAUUCUAAAGAGCACACACCAACCAAAACUACUUCCACUACGGUGACAAACAGCCGAGUUGCGGGAAUAUGGGUUGCACAGCAAUCCUUGGACAUUCCAAGUAAUCUAGGAUAUGGAUCAAGGGAGGAUGACGACUGUCGUAGUCAGCAUUCCGGUCGCACACUCUCGUCUUCUCGUCGCCAAAGCACCGAAGAUAGCAUCGACACAGAUGAUGAAUACUUUUGCUAUGAGCUUCGCCAGCUCGAGGAACUGGAGCAUCAACGAACAUCGCAUGCUGACAACAUAACUAGCGAACAAAGUGCGGACAAUCAAGUGUUGUUCUCGCAGAUUGGACAGCUGUUGCAUACCGAUGCUCCCGGAGAAAACGUUGGCUUUGCAGAAUUGGAGGAGGCCCAUGUUUAUUCACCGGAUGAAAGUGUAAAGCUGCAGAUGUCCAAAGUAUUGAAUGAGCUCAAGUACGCAGUUAAACUAGAACCAGAAAUAAUUUAUGGCAGUAGCUUGAUUACUACAGCCGACACAGUGGAAGCAUUAACAAGGUCAAAACCAUCACGGGACAGGUUUGAAAUUGUCUGUGACAUGCAUAGCGCAUGGCAGGAUGUCAAUGGCGAUUUUCAGCAGGAAAUAUCUGAUGUGGAAUCUCAUGAUGAAACUGAGGUGGCUGCUCGGGAAGGGGAAGGCGUACUGGCAAUAUUGCCUCAAGAGACUGGAAAAAAACAGCAAUCGAAGCGAUACAGGAAGCGGAAACGCGUCCAAAAAUCAAAUAAGCCCAUCGUUGCCGAUCAUAUUGCCAGCUCAAGUUCUUCCUGUGCUUCAGAAAACGAGAACGAGCAGAACCAACGUUUUAUCAGUGACGCAGCAUCGGUAUCAGAACAAGACAAAGAUAUUUCCGUAGAAAUGUUUCAAGAAUCAUCGGACUCUAGCGCGACAUCAGGACCCGAUACGCCAGCAGAGAUGAGUGAUGAUAUGGAAAAAGAUUUGAGCCUGGAAGGAGGGUGUCCAAACAGAAGCGGUGGUGUUUCUAAUAUCGGGGUCUUACCAAUAGGAAACCAACAGUCGGUGGACACGUUCAAUACCGUUCCAGCGUCUGCAUCCGUUCUAGAUGAAUCAAAUAAUCAAUGCAACAAACAGACAUCAUCUCCUCAGAGUGCUCGGGGAUCAUUUUCAUCUCAACUGCGUCCAAUAAAGCCAAUAAGUCAAGAAUCAAGUGUCGAGGGAUCCCAGGCGGUAGGUAGUAAUGGCGCCACGGCGGGUCUUGGCAGCAGUAAGUGGAAGCUGCUUAAAACUCUUAAGGAGCGUAAGAUCGAGGAGAAAAAUAAUCAGGACAAAAUUAAAGAAGAAGAAAUGGCCAAAGACAGGGAGAAGAAUGGUGGUGGAACUGGAGAUGUUGGGAUACGGACCAAUGGCCAUCCCGGCGAUAACCCUUUCUAUAGCAAUAUCGACAGUAUGCCAGAUAUACGGCCCCGUCGAAAGUCUAUACCCCUUGUUUCUGAAUUGGUGCUCAAGACUAUGGCCGCCACAAAACGAAAUGCCGGACUCACAUCAGCUGUUCCCCGGGCAACGCUUAAUGAUGAAGAGCUUAAAAUGCACGUGUACAAAAAAGCACUUCAGGCUCUGAUCUAUCCCAUAUCAUCUACAACGCCGCAUAACUUUUUGCUCUGGACGGCAACGUCACCAACAUAUUGCUACGAGUGUGAAGGCCUACUUUGGGGAAUAGCGCGUCAGGGAGUGCGAUGCACAGAAUGCGGAGUGAAGUGCCAUGAAAAAUGCAAGGAUCUGCUAAACGCCGAUUGUCUUCAGCGUGCUGCCGAGAAGAGUUCGAAACACGGUGCCGAAGACAAAGCUAAUUCCAUAAUUACCGCUAUGAAAGAGCGAAUGAAGCAGCGCGAGCGAGAGAAGCCCGAAAUUUUUGAGUUGAUUAGGAUGACAUUCGGUGUGGAUCCUGAUACACACAUAGAUUCAUUAGAACAGGCUGAGCACGCAACUGUUGAGGGAACAUCUAAAUGGUCAUGCAAACUAACAAUUACAGUGAUUUGUGCUCAAGGCCUGAUAGCGAAGGAUAAAAGCGGUACCAGUGAUCCAUAUGUGACGGUGCAGGUUAGCAAGGUGAAAAAACGAACGCGAACAAUGCCGCAGGAACUUAACCCUGUGUGGAACGAGAAGUUUCACUUCGAGUGCCAUAACUCCUCUGACCGAAUAAAAGUUCGCGUUUGGGAUGAAGACAAUGACCUUAAAUCGAAACUACGUCAAAAAUUGACUCGAGAAUCGGACGAUUUUUUGGGACAAACAAUAAUUGAAGUUCGUACGCUUUCCGGGGAAAUGGAUGUUUGGUAUAAUUUAGAGAAGCGAACGGAUAAAUCAGCUGUUUCAGGUGCAAUAAGACUACACAUAUCCGUUGAAAUAAAGGGUGAAGAAAAGGUUGCUCCAUACCAUGUCCAAUACACCUGUCUGCACGAGAACCUGUUUCAUUAUCUGUGUGAAGAAAAUAGCGGAAUGGUUAAAUUGCCAACGCAAAAAGGUGAUGAUGCAUGGAAACUCUAUUUUGACGAGAUCCCCGAGGAAAUUGUCGACGAGUUUUCCAUGCGCUACGGGAUCGAAAAUAUAUAUCAAGGAAUGACUCAUUUUCAUUGCCUUUCUGCCAAGUAUCUAUGCCCUGGUGUGCCCGCUGUGAUGAGCACACUUUUGGCCAACAUCAAUGCGUACUAUGCUCAUACCACGGCUUCUUCUGCUGUGUCAGCCAGUGAUCGGUUUGCAGCUAGUAAUUUUGGGAAAGAGAAAUUUGUCAAAUUGCUUGACCAACUACAUAAUUCUCUCAGAAUUGACCUGUCGAUGUACAGAAAUAACUUUCCUGCCUCGAGUCCUGAAAAGUUAAUGGACCUUAAGUCUACUGUGGAUCUAUUGACCAGCAUAACAUUUUUCCGUAUGAAGGUACAAGAGUUAUCCAGCCCACCGAGAGCGAGUACUGUUGUCAAAGAUUGUGUGAAGGCUUGUCUAAGAUCCACGUAUCAAUUCCUCUUCGAAAACUGCUAUGAACUUUACAACAGAGAGUUCCAGGUGGAUCCAAACGAAGCAAAGCGUGCUCCAGACGACCAUGAGCCAAAACUGGAUAGCGUCGACUUCUGGCACAAGCUAAUUGCACUUAUUGUAUCGGUCAUCGAUGAGGACAAAAACAGCUAUGGAACUGUGCUUAAUCAAUUUCCCCAAGAACUUAACAUUGGACAAUUGUCUGCUUCAUCAAUGUGGCAUUUAUUCGCUGUGGACAUGAAAUACGCAUUGGAGGAACACGAGCAACAUCGUCUCUGUAAGUCUUCGGCGUACAUGAAUCUUCAUUUUCGCGUUAAAUGGCUGUAUAGCAACUAUGUCAAAGAGGUUCCACCCUACAAAGGAGCUGUGCCCGACUAUCCAGCAUGGUUCGAGCCUUUUGUGAUGCAGUGGUUAAAUGAGAACGAUGAUGUUUCAUUGGAAUACCUUCAUGGAGCUUUUAAUCGGGAUAAAAAGGACGGGUUCACAAAAAGCAGCGAGCACGCUUUGUUUUCGAAUUCGGUAGUCGACGUUUUCACGCAAUUGACGCAAUGUUUCGAUGUUGUUAGCAAGCUCGAGUGUCCUGAUCCAGAAAUUUGGAAACGUUACAUGAGGCGUUUUGCUAAAACAAUCGUAAAAGUGCUGAUAGCCUAUGCAGAUAUUGUGAAAUUUGAGUUUCCAGAGCAUAUGAGGGAUGAAAGAAUCGCUUGCAUACUUAUGAACAACAUACAGCAAUUAAGGGUACAGUUGGAGAAAAUGUUUGAGUCCAUGGGUGGGGAUAAGCUGGAAGAGGACGCAGCCAAUAUACUAAAAGAGCUACAACAGAAUCUUAACUCAGCACUGGAUGAUUUGGCCACUCAGUUUGCCAUUAGUUUGGAGCCUCGAAUAACUCAGUCGGUGCGUGAGCUAGGUGACAUGUUGCUGUCUAUUAAAGGAGGCGGCUGUGGAAAUCUGACAGCUGGUAACCAAGCUGCACAGAGAAAUGCCGUCGCCGUUGAGGCCGAUGAAGUUCUGAGGCCGCUUAUGGACUUGCUCGAUGGUUCAUUGACACUAUAUGCGCAGUCUUGUGAAAAGACGGUACUAAAGCGACUGUUAAAAGAACUCUGGAAGAUCGUAAUGCGAAUAUUGGAAAAAACUAUUGUUUUGCCACCAAUGACUGAUAAAACUAUGAUGUUUAAACAUCUUACUGAUAAUGCAAAAAACCUUGCAUCCAACGCAAAAAUAGAAGACAUGGGUCGUUUGUUUAAGUCUCAUAUGGCUGGAAAACAGGAUGUUAAAAGUGCGCUUAGCGGUGUCAUGGACAUAUCAAAGGAAGUAGAAAAAAAUUUAUCGCCCAAACAAUGUGCUGUACUCGAUGUUGCCUUAGAUACAAUAAAACAAUAUUUCCACGCCGGUGGCAAUGGACUGAAGAAGACGUUUCUUGAGAAGUCUUCAGAGCUUCAAAGUCUACGUUACGCACUCAGUUUGUAUACGCAAAUGACAGACACACUGAUCAAAACCUUUAUAUCCAGUCAAGUUCACGAAGUUGAUCCUGAAAAUGCAGAGGAAAGUGUCGGCGAAAUUUCAGUGCAAAUAGACCUAUUUUCCCACCCAGGAACAGGUGAACACAAGGUGAAUGUGAAAGUUGUGGCUGCUAAUGAUUUAAAAUGGCAAAUACCAUCCGGCAUGUUCCGACCAUUUGUUGAGAUUAACUUGAUUGGACCGCAUCUCCAGGAAAAAAAGAGAAAGUUUGCAACCAAGUCAAAGUCGAACAAUUGGUCUCCCAAAUACAAUGAAUCAUUUAGCUUCGCUAUUGGUAACGAGGAGCAGUUGGACUUUUUCGAGUUGCAUAUUUGCGUUAAGGACUAUUGUUUUGCCCGUGAUGAUCGACUUGUCGGUGUGGCAGUUAUUCCGCUCAAAGACAUAUCGGAAAAGGGAUCUGUCGCCUGUUGGUUGCCUUUGCAGAGACGCAUAGAAAUGGACGAGACUGGUUGGACCAUUUUGCGGAUUCUAUCCCAGCGUAAUAAUGAUGAAGUCGCCAAGGAAUUUGUUAAGCUGAAAUCAGAAAUACGUCAGGAACCAACAAUGGGCACUUAAGGUCCCUGCCCAGACGUGCUAAGAAUCAUCUUAAUAAAUACACCUAUAAUAAUAAUUUCCAUAAUAUACAAAGUUUCAUAUAAUUUCUUAAAACUUCAUAUACAGAAUAGCUACCAAUCGAUAAUAUAACCAACACACAACAUAUGCAAGUACAAUACAAUACAAUGCAAAUAUAUAUAUUUCUCCAAACGCUUUGAUAUUAAAAUAUUCGAUCUAUCGAAUUCACAAAAAUGGCAUAUAUACACGAAAUGGAAAUAGAACGAGAAUACAAGAACAUUUAUAUUUCUACUUUUAUUUACUCUGCAAGCAUACAAAAUGUACUCAACAUUUCUGGGGUGAAAAUAUGUUCAAAACCUAAAAAGCCAGCUUGGCAUACACGCCACAUACAUACACGUACAUUAUAUGUAUAUAAUAUGUAUUCAUUGUCGUUCCAACACCCACAGCAACACAUAUCCAUAUGCCAACUACGUUGAUGAGUUAAUGUGUUGGUAUAAAAAAGUUUUACUGGAGUUGUUUGGGGGGAAGAAGGUGUAGAACGACAGUAAGGCACAUUACCCAUAUACAUAUAUUUAAUACAUAUAGAUAUUAAAAUUCGAGAAAUCUACUGAUAUAAAUACCCAUCUACUAACAACUGUUAAAGGCUUCAUAAUCAUCUGUACAUUAAAAAUACACUCACACGCACAUUCCUAUUUAUGUAAAUAAGUACCUGUAUAAAUAUAAAUUGGUAAUUCUGAAGUAUUUGUUAAAGAUACUUCACAUGCACAAAAAGUCCAUGUGAAUACUUAUUUUUUUCUAUUGCAAUAAAAGAAGUAUUAACGACUAA